AUGAUUUUCUAUCUCCUCCUUGCAUCGAUUUCCCUCCUUCUCUACUACAACUACAUCUACAAACGUCGCGGUCUCCCUCCGGGCCCCGCACCCCUCCCAUUCCUCGGCAAUAUUCUCGCAUUGGCCACGGAAAAUCGUUGGGAGACGAAGUUCUGUGAAUGGAAAGAGAAAUAUGGCUCAACAUUUACUUAUUGGCUGGGCGAAGCCCCGUUUGUGGCUGUCUGCGACUACAAAGACAUGCAAAAGUAUUUUGUGAAGCACGCUGACAUCUUCUCCGACCGUAUGGAUCUGCGGAGUCUUCUGGAGUUGAGCCGAGGAGGUGUUUAUGGGAUCGUGAUGACGAAUGGCGACAGUUGGAAGGAGCAUCGGAGAUUCGCGUUGAAAACUUUGAGAGAUUUCGGGCUAGGGAAGAAUCAGAUGGAGGAAAGGGUCAGUUGAAGUAUUCUUUGUAGCUGCAAAGCCAUCUAAGCCGUUGUUUUAGAUCAUCACUGAGCUUCACUACUUGCUUGAAAGAGUUAACAAGGCUUUGCCCGCAGAAGAAAUUGACUUCUUCCGGUACUCGGAUCUGGCUGUUGGCUCCAUUAUCAACGCGAUUAUGUGCGGCUACAGCUUUGUUGGGGUGGGUUGGACUUUUUGAAGAGAAACUGCGAACGCCAAUGAGCUCUCUGAAGCCAGCUGAAAGUUAGCUAGAAACUGUCGAAAGGCCCGACAACCCAGUAACGAGACAAGACGAGAGCUCAAGAGUCCAGUGGUUUAUUCAGUAGAAAGGAGGUCUUUUAUAGCGCAGCCCCACCUAGGAAAGUACAAUCAAAUUUGAAUAAAUGCAGAUGGUCCCUCGUGGGAAAAUCCUCGAAGCUCGGUCGUUCCGCCUCACAGAAACGAAGCCUUUGUAUAACCAAUAAUUUUUUUGAGCCUUAAGAUUCACUAGACCCGCUUUUGAUUGUAACUUGUCGCUGCGCCGAACCUGUCGCUGAAGUGAAAAGCAAUUUGAUUUUGCCGCGACACAUUUUUUUUCUCGGUGGCGGUGCGAUUUUCGAUGCGACAGAGUCCUCAUUAUUUUCCCGACAGACUGAUAGUAAGAUAACCAUUUGCACGGUGCAAGGUAGAUAAGAUGGAUCUUUGUUUUUCUCAUGCUUGUGGCAGAAAUCAAUCCAGCAGCUUUACAACGAACUAUCAGUCUGUCGGGAAAAUGAUGAGCCCUCUGUCGCAUCGAAAAUCGCAUCGCCGCCGAGAAAAUGAAUUGUGUCGCGGCAAAAUCAAAUUGCUUUUCACUUCAGCGACGCCAUUGGCACAGCGAUAUCGUCAUUAUUUUCCCGACAGACUGAAACAAGAAUACGUUUUUUCUUUUUUCAGGACACCGAAGACGAGUUUUACCGGUUAAAAGAUUGCUCCAAAGAAGCCACAAGGGCUGUAGGCACAGCUACAGCCGGUCUUGUAUUCAUGAACCCUUAUCUGAUGAAGGUCCCGGUUUUAAACGCCGAAGCAAGGAUUGGCGUUGAUGUGACAAAGGAGAUGAUCUCCUAUUUCGAUCGGCAGGUUGAAAAGCAUUUGAAAGAAAACGAUUACACCCAAGACUUGGAGCCGACCGAUUUUCUGGACGCAUUUUUGGUCGAACGGGAGAAGCAGGUGCGAAGUAAUGGAAGCGAGGGGCAUUUUAGGUGAGUGUUAUUGAUGUCCAGUAGCAAAAAACGUACCAUUUUGCAUCCGGGAAGUACGAAAAAUGUAGCAAAAUACCUCCAAGUAAAAAACUCCGAUUUCAAAAACGCGCCCGCUCUUUUUGUGAGGCAGUCUUUCAAAACAGAGUUUUUUCAACUGGAGAGGGAGGCAUUUUGCUACAUUUUUUGAUACUUCCCAAAUGCAAAAUGGUACCUUUUUUGGCCACUGGAUCACGUCUAUAGGUACGGAACUUUUCAUGCCAAAAUUUGCAAAAAAGUGUCAUAUUUUUUCCAACUUUCGACCUAAAAAUCUCGGUCACUUCUACAAAUCGCGGGCUAGGAAUCUCACAGAUGUCUUAUGAAAACGUUAUCUAAAUUUACGCAAAGUUUCAUUAAAAUCUGAACAUCGCACUUUGUCAAGACUCAGCUAUAAGUCGAGGUCUUUUGAGGCCCCUAACUUGCCCUCUACUCCUAGUAUCAACUACCCCUAAUAACCUGGAGACCACAACUAGAGAAUUCUAGCUGAAAAACUGCGAACUCACACAAAUUUAUUCCAAUGAGCAUGGACCACCACCGGACUGUAUCAAGGGGACUUCCAACAAUUACAAAUAUAGGUUUAUUUCCCAAACGAGUGACCGAAAAGCGAUCGGUCCAUUACAUUUAUAUCAAAAUAUUCGCCGGUUUAUGCGAAUUUCUGGGAAUUCUUCACGGAAUCGUGACAACUUGUAGUACCUCCCUUGUAAAGCAAAACUCAUUACAGCCCGUAAGCCCAUUUCUUUCAGUCUCAACGAACUUAGCAACGUUUGUUUCGAUAUCUGGUCGGCCGGACAAGAGACAACUUCCGAGACAAUCACUUGGACCAUCGCCUAUUUAAUUCUUUAUCCGGAGGCUCAGGAGAAACUGCAAACAGAGCUGGAUACUGUGAUUGGAAGCAAUCGGAUUAUCCGGAAUUCAGAUCGACCCGAUUUGCCAUACACCAAUGCUGUCAUUAUGGUGUGAAAAUUUUGAAAAAUGGAUUCUGAUUUUCACUGGUAUUUUGCCAUUUUUAGGAGUCCCAAAGAUGCGGCAAUAUUGUGAGCCAAAACAUUCCCAGAGCCGUUACCGAGGACAUUACAUUGGAUGGGUUUUCGUAUAAAAAAGGGACCGUUGUCCUCCCACAAAUCUCUGUUCUUCUACAGGACCCGAAAGUAAGUAGAAUAUGACUCUCUUCAAUUUCAAUAUCUAAAAUAAUCUCAGAUCUUCCCCGAGCCCGAGAAAUUCAAUCCCGACCGAUUUAUCGACCAGAACGGGAAGCUGCGACAAGUGGAAGAGCUGAUUCCAUUCUCCAUUGGCAAGCGAAUCUGUUUGGGCGAGGGAUUGGCGCGAAUGGAGCUGUUCCUCUUCACCGCCAACCUCUUCAAUCAGUACAAGUUUUCGGCCGGAAAAGUCCCGCCAAGCCUGAAGAAAGAGAGUGGAGCUUCUUCGAAAAUUGUACCAUAUAAAUGUAGAAUCGAAUUGCGAAAAUAAAUAUGAUUUUUUGUUGUCAAUUUCUUUAUCAACCGCCCAAGCAGAUUCUCUUGCCCAGCGAGAAUGGAAUCAGCUUUUCCACUUGUCGCAGCUUCCCAUUCUGGUCGAUAAAUCGGUCGGGAUUGAAUUUGUGAAGCUCGUAGAAGACUUUAGGGUCCUGUAGGAGGACCGAGACUUGCGACAGAAUUACUGCGCCUUCAUAGAAGUUACCGCCAUCAACUUCAACGUCUUCCGACAAGCAUCGAGGGAUGUUCUGAGCCAACAAGUUGCAGCGGCGUUGACUUUCCUGAAAUUUGAUGGUAUUACCCCAAAAUCAAAGACUCCAUCGUCACUUUGAAGGGUCUGAGAGUUGGUCGAUCUGAUUAAACCAAACCUUGGCUGAAUUUGGCAGGUAAGUUUGAUCACUGUUCGAUUUAAAAAAAUUCGCCUUGGUCCUCCUUACUGCAUCUUUUUUUCAAGGUGCCAUUUUUGCCCAAGUGGCCCCUUCGCCCAGGUGCCUCUUGGCCUACGUGCCCUUUUCGCCUUGGUGCCCUCUUCGCCUAUGUGCCCUCUUCGACUAUGUGCCUUCCUCGGCCAUGUGCCCUCUUCGCCUAUGUGCCCUCUUCGCCUCGGUGCCCUCUUCGCCUAUGUGCCCUCUUCGCCUCGGUGCCCUCUUCGCUUUGGUGCCCUCUUCGCCCAGGUGCCUCUUCGCCUAG